GUGACACGAACGGUGAUGAAGAUCAGUUGGUCUGAGUGUCUCUGUUUCAUCCUCCUGCUUCUCCAACUCACCACUGUCUCCACACUGGAGAGGUUUGAGGUUCUUGGUCCAGCUCAGCCUGUAGUUGCUGUAGCUGGUGAAGAUGUUGUUCUGCCCUGUUACCUCAAACCCAACAUCAGUGCUGUGGACCUACAUGUUGAGUGGUUCAGAGUGCAGAUCAACAACCCAAUUGUACAUCUUUACUGGGAUCAUGAGGACAGAAAUGAGAAUCAACUUCCAUCCUACAGGGGAAGGACAUCACUGUUCCCUGAGGAACUGAAGAAGGGAAAUACAUCAUUAAAACUCUAUGAUGUCAGAAGCUCUGAUGAUGGGCCAUAUAAAUGUUUUGUUCAGUCUCAUGAGUGGCAGGAAGAUUUCUGGAUUAAUCUGCAUAUUAAAGCUGUAGGAACCCAACCAGUAAUCUCCAAUGAGGGAUAUGAAGAAGGAGGGAUCAGUCUGGUGUGUGAAUCUAAAGGCUGGUACCCUCAGCCUCAAGUGGUCUGGAUGGACAGUGAAGGACACAGUCUCCCUGCUGGACACACAGAGACACACAGAGACAGUAUGGACCUCUUCACCGUGAGACGACGUGUUAUUGUGCAGGAGACCGAGAACAACAGGUUCACCUGUCAAGUUCUACAAGAGCAGUUCAAUGAAAUGAAAGAGACAGUAACUGAGAUCCCUGGUGAGAUGUUCCAUCGUGCCCAUCCCUGGAAGGUGACCUUUGCUGUGGUCUUCAGUCUGGCUGCUGUUUGUAUUAUUGGAUGCACAGUUUUGAUUCACCGUUUUGUAAAACUGCGGAGAAGGAGAGCUCAGCUCAAAGAACAGUAUGGACUGAUCACCAGACGCCUGUUUGAUGUGACUCUGGACCCUGAUACAGCACAUCCUCAACUCGUCCUGUCUGAGGACAGGAAACAAGUGAGACAUGGAGUCAUAUGGCAGGAUCUCCCUGACAACCCGGAAAGGUUCAAAUACCGGAGUGUCCUGGGAAAAGAGGGGUUUUCUUCAGGGAGACAUUACUGGGAGGUACAGGUUGGGGAGAAGACUGAGUGGACUUUAGGAGUGGUCAGAGAGUCCAUCAACAGGAAGGGGUAUUUUCCGCUGAAUACUAGUAGUGGUCUGUGGGCUCUGAGUCUGACUGGGAAUGAGUACUGGGCUCUCACUGACCCCCCUGUGUCCCUCAACCUGAGUGUGAAGCCCCAGAAGGUGGGGGUGUAUGUGGACUAUGAGGAGGGUCAGGUCUCCUUUUACAGUGUGGAGGACAAGUCUCAUAUCUACACUUUCACCGGAUAUAAAGUUACUGAGAAACUCUAUCCGUACUUCUGGCCAGGCUUCCGGAACUCAGCCCCACUCAUCAUAUCUCCUGUCAUUGAUGUGACUCUGGACCCUGAUACAGCACAUCCUGAACUCAUCCUGUCUGAGGACAGGAAACGAGUGAGACAUGAAAACACAAAGCAGGAGCUCCCUGACAACCCAGAGAGGUUUAAACGCCGGAUUAAGUGUCCAGGGAAAAGAAGGGUUUUCUUCUGGGAGACAUUACUGGGAGGUGCAGACUGGGAGGUGGGAAGUACAAGGCUCUCACUGACCCCCGUGUCCCUCCGACUAAGUGUGAAGCCCCAGAAGGUGGGGGUGUCUGUGGACUAUGAGGAGGGUCAGGUCUUCUUUUACAGUGUGGAGGACAAGUCUCUUAUCUACACUUUCACUGGAUAUAAAUUCACUGAGAAACUCUAUCCGUACUUCUGUCCAGGCUUCUGGAACUCAGCUGCACUGAUCAUAUCGCCUGUCAUUUACACAGAUUAA